AUGCCAUCAUCUCCUUAUGGCGCAAACGCUUCCACCUCCCACCAGCAUGUGAAACAAAACGCCCAUCCCUCCGCUCCUUUGUCCCGCACCUCACCAUCUCUACCUCCAAAGCCCACAGUCGCCAUGAACGGCAACGGUCACUACCAUGCUGCUCCGACAUCGGUCGCCCUCGACAAGAACAAGCAAACCGCAACCUCUUCUCACAACCUCAUGAUUGGCGUGCCUCCAGCAGCUACUCCAAACCUCUCACUUGCCCAAAGUCGCCCACCCGAUUCCAAACAGUCGAGCGAUGCUGAUGGCCAUCCAGUCUUCUUGUCCUCUGCCAAAGGAAAGCAAAAGCAAGUCGAUCCCAUCCACAUUCCUCUUGCUCAGCUCGAGCAAGAACUCCCUCUCGAAGAGGCCGAUCUCAUCUCACUCGCCGCACUCGUCGAGAGGCUCGCCAACUUUGGCUACGAAGCCCUUCAAAACCUAGCAGAGACUCUCCCUUCGCUGCCUUCCUCGUCCAAGCGCGCAAAGAUCUUCAACACGGCCCUCAAUGUACGCAAACAAUUCAUCAAGCUCCUUGUCCUCGCGCGCUGGUCCAAAGACAUCUCUGAUCUGCAAAAGUCCAGAAACAUCAUUGCGCUCCUCUCAGAGCAGCAAUGGCAACACGAGGACGUCUUUGCCGGUCUCACCGACAUCCGCAAAAUCUUGCCCAAUGCACGCAUGAGAAACGCCGACCUUCCCACCGCCAUCGAUGUCUUGCACACCGGCACCUAUCGAAGGCUCCCCGCCAGCAUCAAGCAAAUGGCUGUCGCUCCAAAACCUUUUACCGAUCAACAGGCGCUUCUCAUCGUCUCUCGUCUCGAAGAUGCGCUCCGCACCCGCAUGGCCUGUCGCGAACUCGUACCCGCUCCGCUCUCCAACUACACAAUACAUGACGGCAAGGUCCACUUUCACGUUCCUGGCCUCUUCCAAGCCCAGCUCACUGCCAGUGGCUCGGCUCAACACGAGCUCACGCCAUCUUCCUCCGAUGACAGGUGGUGGCUGCUCGACCUCACUUUCGACGUCAUUGCAUCUGGCUCAUGUGCCGCCUCCUGCAAUCGCGCGUUCCCACGCAAGCCAAAGAGAGCCUAUCGAGAACGUUUGCGCGUUUGGGGCGAUCAGCAGCUCUCCCCCGUCAUCCAAAGCGAUGGUGUCGACGAGUCCAACGCGCGUCCACUCGACAUCGCUGCAGACAAAACCGAGCAAGGCACAGAUGUCCAGAUCGCUCCCGAAAAGCCUACAGACGCUCCUACAGUCAACGAAGCCAAUCCAGCAAUAACCGCCACGCACCAUGACGACUCGCUCAUGCCAACUGCUCCUGUCCAGCGUGACGCACCUCUCUCGAGACUGUUCGCCUUCUUGCAAGAGCGUGCUCUGCAUUACCAGAUGGAUAUACUACAACACCAGGCUUACGAGCUGUGCCGGCUCAAUUGGGGUUCCAACCUCCGUAUUGAGACGGCAGAGCGCCCAAGGAAUCUCACUGUCCACUAUUGGACUCAGGCGCAAGGUGCGGCUGGCGCGACUCAACGUGUAGAAAGCGCCGCAGCUGGAGGAAGCGUCCAGAUUACCAUUGUCGAUUUGCCAGACACACCCGGUGCCACAGAGACUCUUGCCGCUUUGUUCGAUGGUGAUGAUGAUCAGUCAAGUACCACACAUGACACAGCGAGCCUCACCACAGUCAAGCGGAGGGGGCUCCAGGUAACUUGGGACGCUGACCGCAGCAUUCUCGCCGAUGCUCAGUCCAACAACCUAGCCAUAUCUCCACACAGUCUCGACAUAGAGGCGCUGCUCAGCUCGGUCAUCAAGCAACACACUCUUGCCUUAUUGCGCAACUUGCAGCGUCGAAUCCUCGUCAGUGACCAUGCUCUCUCUCGACUGCUCCGCCCCGAGGACUGUACCCUUUGCCUAGAGCACAUCCAAAGGCAAGGUGACGAGUUUUCUACCGCCACAGAGACCACCACUUUCAACUUUCUUCAGAUCGAUCUGCACGCAAGCCAGCGUCCACGCACCGCCAAAUCCAAACCCAAUCCCAAACCCGAGCAGCGCUCAGCAUCUUGCCUCGCUCCGCUCCGCCUUAGCGUCGAUCCCGUCACUGGACGCUUGCUCCUCGACUCUGAACCAGCUCAAUCCACCACCGAUCUCAGCUCAGAGCAGACAUCUCAGCAAGCGGCCAGCUUCACAGCGUCUAUCCUCACAACACGCCCGAACUACGCGCGUCUUGCUGAAGCGUCUGACCGCAUAAACGAGUCGAUCGAUGCGCUUCUUGAUGUGCUAUACAGACUGGACGUGUUUGCUCGCGUCCAAGAGUGGGAGAGGAUGGCUUCCUAUCUCGGGCUUCGUAGCGUCCGCAAGCUCGCUUUGCGUCCGCAGGACCUCGCCAAGUUGGGCGCCUCGACCUUGGCGUCGGCUGAGGCAGCACCUCAACUGUUUCUCCCGCUGCGCCAGAGCUUUGGCGGCUACUUUUUGGCUUUACAGCCCUCCGAAUUGGCUGGCGUUAGCAUUGCUUUGGUCUACGUUGUCCAAGUCAUGGAUCCUACAGGCACACCCGCUUUGAGUGUACAGUCGAUAGAAUGGCUCGACAGAGCCAAGAUCGCUGCAGCGGCGUCCAAGGUCGGGAGCAGUGGCGAGGAUGUUGGUCAAGAAUUUGUAGCCACUGAAGCUGGAACAAAACGCAAAGCUCCACCAGGCGUUCAAGGUGAGACCAACGACGUCGAUGCCAACUUUGGCUCUUCGGAGCUGACGAUCGAAGAGCUCGCCGAUGUUCACUCGUACUGCAUCGCGCUUGUGUCGUACUUUCGCGUGGAGCAGCAGCUGCGCAUGCGAGGUCUUCCGUAUCUGCACGUCGGCAGCAACACUAUGCGUAGCUCUCCGCCAUGCAAGCGGCAAAGGCGACAACAAACCGCCGAUGCACGCGAUGACGGACUUUUUGGCGAGGAUGCGAGUGGCGGUACUGCGAGCAGCGACGACGAAGCAUUUGCAGGGCCAGCCGGUGUUGCAGGCGUCGCUGCUCUGGUCCCAUCACUCUGUCUUCGAUCGAUCGACGUACUGGGACCGUCGAAAUCGCACCUGGCCAAACCCAACAUCUCGUUACGCGUACGCCACUGGGACGACGACGAAAAGUUGUGCGUCGAAAUGCGUAUCAAGCUGCGUAUGAAAUCACGCCAAUUUCGCACACUGCACGAGGUGGUGGCGUUGGCGGCUAGCUCGGACCAGCAGUCUACAUGUGCACUGACGUGGAUCGACUUUGACCGAGAAGCGUCGCUGUUGACGUUGACGACACGCGAUCUGGAUAACUGCAUGUCGAUAUUCCACACGCACUGGGAGCGCGUAAUGCGCAUGGUGCAGCUCACACGAGAAGUGCUGAACGCGAGUCGAGCAUGGCAGCAGCGCGCACUGCGUUUACGAAGGAGCUGCAAAAAACCCGGCGAGCGCGUGGAGCUCUGUCGAUUCGAGUUGGACAGCGUCGUGUUUUCGUAUGGGAGCAUCAAGGUGGAUGGGCUAGAAGCCAAGUUGUUGGUGCGCGUGCGUUGGCAAGACGCCAAGCUGGAGAUGCAAGCUUUCAGUCCUAUCGGCGUGACGCAGAGUGGUGGCUACAUUUUAGAGUUUGGCUCGAUGCGCAGUGUGCAAGUGGAAGCAUUGGACCAGGAUGCACAGCUGCGAGAAGAUGGCGUGUCUAGGUGGUUUGACGAGACGCACUGUUUGGCGAAUCCACACAAGGUGAUGGCGUUGGAGCUGAGGCGUACUGUGAAUGUGGCUGCUCGGUCCGCAGCGAUGCAUGCUAUGCUUCAGCCGCAAGCGGAACGCAUCGUGUGGCGCGGGUUUCUGGAGCUCUUGCAGCACACUUUGCCGCUGGUACGCGAGAUGGCGCCACUCGUGGACAAGUGUCUGACGCACGCGCACGUGCCAGAAGUGGAGAUCAAGAGCGCGACCUGGUUCCGAUUCCGGUUCCAGGAUCGAUACGCGAUCGAUGUCCGCUUGGCCACACGCUCGAGGCUGGUUGUAUCGGAUGCUUCGCGCGCGCUGUUUGCGAGCGAGGUGCGGACGAGCGAGAGCGAGAGCGAGAGCGAGACCACCGAUGCGGUGCCUCUCGAUGCGGUAUUUGGCGGUUCGCAACUGCUCAACGACUUGCUAGACGCAACCACGCUGGCGCGCAAGUGCAGUAAGCCCAAGACGCGGAUAGCUGCUCAACUGUCGUCAGCGCAGUUUGGGCCGAUCCCCAAUAUCGAGCAUGUCCUGCGCAGUGUGCAUGCCAAGUUGGAUGCGAUCACGUGGAUCGAUGCGCGUGAUCAUCGGUCUUCUGCCGCGCGCUUGCGCGUAUACGAGCUCGGUCGUGCUCUGCUCAUUUCGCUUCCUAGUGCUUCGCACCCGAAUGCACAAGCUGCUUACCACGCCAUCGCCCACCUCGUCCCUUUGCUCAUCGACCGCGUCGAGGCACAGCUUGCUCGCUCCACUCCCUAA